CUAAUUGUUGUGAUAAACUUAUUAAAUAGGUAAAAUGAACUCUUUCGGAGAGUUGAAGCUUAGCUGGGUGGAAAGCGAAAAUUAUGAUGCUAUACAGUAUAUUGACAACUCAGUUCUGGUUUUCAAGUGCGACUCAUUUAUCAAGUUUUUUGACACCUUCUCAAAGCAAACUUUUUGCUAUUCGUCCCCCGGUGAAGGAGUCGGAGUUCUGGUGGCGGACACGAAAUUUAAUUUAGUUGCCUUUUCGGAAGUUUUUCCGCAGCCCAGGAUUUUCGUUCAUACUUUUGCCAAAUUCGAACAGAAAGCAGUUCUCAAAGAUGAAUUAGGAGAUGGAGCUGAGCUAGAAUACACCGCUCUCGCCUUUAGUCACGAGGGAAACUACCUUGCUAGCUACAGUGGAGUUGGUGACUUCAAAAUCAUCAUAUGGAACUGGCAGACAAAAGAGAUUUUGUGCAAAAACAGUGUUGGCAACGAGAAUGGACCGAUUUCUUCUCUCUCAUUCAAUCCCACCAACUGGCGACAACUUGUCUCAGGCAACCAGGAAUGUAUCACAUUCUGGAGUAUAGAGAGGUCCAAUAAGAACCAUUUCAUCAAUCCAAACCAAUUCAGUCUAGUACUUGACGAUAGUCUUCUGAGCGACGAGGAGUACAAGAGUGCAGAUAGUCACCCUAACUUCUCGGAGCUGAAGUUCAUUGCAUCCAGGGAUCUGAUUGAGAGUGCGCUCAACUGCACCGAAUGGCACGAGAAAAAGAAUUCUGUGGUUCCUCUGUGUCACACGUGGCUACCCUCUGGUCAUGUCCUGUUCGGAUGUAAGAGGGGCGAGAUCAUCAAGAUUGACACAGAGACCCACACAACUGAAAUUUUCCAUCAGAUUCCACUCGGUGAUGAUUCUGUACUAGAUUGUGCAAUCAACGUCAUUCUCAUGCAUAAGAAUGGAGUCUACGUUGCCACUGAUCUCGGUCAGAUAUUCUGUCUCGACUUGACCUCCUCUCACACCUCGACCAGGGGUCAAGGUCAGAAAAAAGACCAGCAAGAGGAGGAGGGUAGUCUGAAGACAGUGCUCACUUCUGAGGCGAAGCUGUUGUCACACCUGUACACUAACGAGAGCAUUGCGUCAGGCUACUUCUCAAUGUAUUAUGACAAGAUAGUCUUCAGAACAAAAAACGGUUCUGUUCUUAUCUAUCAACCAUCAACGAAUAGUGUGGAAGUGUACGAGGACUACAGUUGUGGCAAGUUCUCCUUCGCCCAGCCAAUUUUCCCGGGAAACGACAUGUUGGCCACUGUUCGCGAGGAUGGGACUAUGCAAGUGUGGACUAUGGAUGUGCACAAACUAGUCGGAAGCAUCGCUCUCGGACAGGACAAGGUGACAUGCCUGGAGAGCAGUCCCUCUUGUGGAGUGGUCAUGGUCGGCACGGAGUCCGGAUACUGUCUCUGCGUGAGUGUGGUGUCUCCUGACAACAUGCACGUCAUACACAGAAUACACGUAUCAGAGAACCCGGUCUCAUCCAUCAAAUUUAGCGUAGACGGAUCUUUCUUCAUGGUGGGCUGCGGGACUGAUGACUCACUAUGGCUCUUCAAUGGCUGUGCUUCUAAGAAGUUCGAAACCAUAGGCUACCUCUUUGUACAGGGAACAGUCCAUGAAAUGGACACAUUCAAGUUAUCUGAUGAUACUACGAGGGUCAUAGUGACAUCUAAUCCUUACCCUGAUGACCCGAAGACGGUCGAAGGACACUAUAGGUACACGCAAAUUGACGUCACAUCCAGUAUUCUAAAAAAAUCCUCCGACUGCUUCGAGUCUGCCAAGGGAGACUUGAAAGAAAGUGCAGUGAACAGGAUCAGUAUGAAUCUGGGCACCGUCAACUUCGGAUGCCAAGUGACUCCUGACAAACAUCUACUAUUUGGAACCCACAGGAAACCAAUACAUGCCAUCAAACUCAUCGAGGAGUACCCCAAGAAGCCAAGUGAAAGAUUAGCCCCUAUGAAGCCAGCAUACACGCUUCCCGGCCAUGGGGUGGUCAAGUGCCUCGCCAUCAAUGGCAACAAAAAGUGGCUGGCCUCCGGGUCCUCAGACGGAACCAUCCGAGUAGGAUCCCUGGACUCCCUGGAUGCGAACUCGGUUGCCAGGGUCUGUUUCCAUUUGGAAAGUGGAGGCGUAAAGCAAAUGUUCUUCUCGACCGAUGCGAAGUUCCUGAUCUGUUUGGGCCAAGAUGGGGUUGUGGCAGCUUAUAAAAUCAUGCCCUCUGGGAAGCACAAGAGUGUGCAGAAUGAGUGUGCCUCACUGCAGAAGGACUUCAUCUCCAGGGUCCUCCAGUUCUCCAAGGGAGAGAAUGAGGCGCUGGAGACCAUGAAGUCAGAGUCAGUACCCAUGCAGGUCAUAGAAGAUAUGGACUCUUCAAACGCUAUGGGUGACGACAAUGAUGACUACCGCGUGCCCCUCCCCAAUCUCUCCAGUGACCCCACGUGCAAGGAACUAGCACUGGUAGCCGGCAUCAAAGAGGAGGACAAAUCGUACGAGCCAAUGAAAAGGGAGAUCCUCUCUGAGAUCAAGUAUCUGAGGAAGCAACAUGAGGCCAUGAUUGAAUCCAAUGAAGCGGCUCCUGAUAUUGAGAAACUGGAGAGGAAUGAGUUUGUACUCGACACUGAUGAUUAUAAUAGAAUGAAGGCAGAAGGUGACCAACAAGUGGCAAAGGCCUACGAGUCAUUAGAACUGGAAAACCUGGCCAAAAUGUUCGUGCGUAGUGUGAUGAAACAAGAGUGCUGGGACAAGAUGACCAUAAAGGGAAAGAGUCUGCGGGGUUUUGGCAAGGGCAUGAUAGUGUCCAACUUCCCCCUGUGUGAGAGGAGUGAAAAGGAGAAGGAGGAAUUAGCAUUUGUGACCAGGGUGAGGAAAGUGGAAAUGGUGGAUGCGGCUGCGGCCAAACAGGACAAAAGAGAUUACAUCACAUUUGCCACGGACUCCUCGACAAGUGUCCAAGAGGGAAGAUACGAUACGGCUUACAGGGGUGUGGCCCCUGAAACUCAGGACUCCCCCACAGUUCCCAAUAGCCACGGAGGGGAUGGAACCUCCGUUUCCCAUAAUGGAGGAAAAAAUACCACUUUUGACUCAACUAGGAGUCACGUUCAUGACGGAGAAACCUAUAACGACGUGGACGAUGAGGAGGAUGAGACUGCGGAGGAGCAGCAGGAGGAGGAGGGGGAGGCAGUGGGGGUCUACUACUCCACAGACGGCAGUCUCAGUUCCAAGUAUGGGGGGCACAACCCACUCCUAUAUCCCCAACUGCACAUACACUCCAAGGAGCAGAAGAUAAACCAAAUUGUGCUACUAAAGGAUUCGAUCCACAGUCUGAAGAACACGUUCAACAAGGACUUCGACGAAGUGUUCCGGGGGAAGGAGCAGGAGAUGAACAGGAUCAACGACCGGAAUGCCCGCAUCGGUAAGAUCCUCUCCGACCUCAACAUGGACGAGCAGAUCAAGAAUGUGGACUGGACUCUGGAAGAGAAACCAGAGGAGAAUCUGGUCGUCAAAGACUCCGAGGUCAAAGUGGAACGCUAUCUCUCUCCCGAGAUGAAGGCCCGUCUGGAGGAGGAACAGAAGCUGGAAGAGGAGAGGAGGUUAGCUGCUCUCCAGGACAACUGGCGAGAGAGGGGUCUGGACCAGAUGAUGGGAGGAGUACUUGAAAUCAGGAAGGAAGAUGAACUCAAAAAGGAUGUCCCGAUUCCUGCUUUCUUGGCUGCUGGAAAAGCCGAAGCCGAAUACACUGCCGAGGAGAAGGCAGCCAAAGCCGAGUACGAUCGGAAAGUUGCCGAGCUUAUCGAGGAACGAGAGAAGUUCUACAAACAACUCGAGGCCGAACUGCGCAAACUGCAACAGUCGAACUCUGAAAGUGAGAACUCCUUUGAUGAGCAGCUGACACAGCUGUUUAACAAGAAGGUGCAGGUUGAAAUUGCGGUUUUCCAUCAAGAGCUGAAGAUUGUCAGAAUGCAGCAGUCAUUGCUAGUUGAAGAGCAGUUGGAAAGAGAGGAAGCGGCUAUUUUGAAAGAUCUGGAGGCUGUCAAAGAAGAAAAGCUGCGAGCAGUUGCUAACCAGAGAGUCGCAACUAACGAGCUAAACGACUACCGGGAGAAAUACGAGAACAUAAUUGCCGAAGACCGAGUGCUCGAUCGGAACUUCCGCAAGGAGUUCUCGGAAUGCAGUGGGGCUAUGAUAGACGCGCUUCAGAAGCAGUACAAGCGGAGACCCCGGGGACCGAAGGCACUGAAGAAGGAUGUUGAUAUUGGAAUGGGGGAUGGGGCGGGGGUUGGGAAUCCGUACAACGAGAGACCAUCAUCCGCCAUGGCACAACAAAAUGCACGCGAAGGACUCUUCAGGGCGUUGGAGGAGCUGGAGGCAGAGUCUUAUGCUCCCGAGGGAAUAGACUUGGCAGUGUGGAAGAAACUGUGCGACUACAGGAGGAAGAAACUUCAGAGCGAACAGGAGAUAAAGAUGCGUGCCCAAAGGAUGGCGGAAAUAGAUGCAUUCCUGAAGAGGAGAGGAGAGGACGAGAGAGCUGUCUCGGAGAAGGUAGAAAGACUACAGACCAACCUACAGAGAGUGCGUGAAGAAAAACACCAGCGCAUGAUGAACCUCGAACUGCAACUGCUCAUGCGUCAAGGUCAAGUGGAAGUGGCAGCCAAAGACGACUUCAUAACUGAGUUCAAGGACUCACUCCUAGUACACAGAGGGGUAGUUGAACAGCUGAACAGCAAAAUAACAGCACUGGGAGACCAGAAGAUAGAGAGUAUGAAUGAGAGUAAGGAGUUCAGAAAGGGCAUUUACCAGUUGGAGUGGGAGAGGAAGAAGAUGAUUAUGGAGAUUGAAGAUCUGCUGCAGAAAGCGAAGGAUAUCCAGAGGCUCAAGGUCACCAAAGAACUACAAUUUUAUCUGAAUGACGACGAUGACGACGACAAGAAGAGUGAUAAGAAGGCGAGGGAGAUAGGGGUGCUGGAGAAGACCAUCUCGUCCACUCUAGACCAGCACAGUCGCCGAGUGGAGAUCAAGAAAGACGAGGUGAAAAGAUUGAAGAAGAAGGUGAAGGACAAGGAGAAGCAGAAUGACAAAUUGGACGAACAGAUCAUGGAGAUGACUGUGACUGUGGCUGAAAGAGAACUCAUUCAGAUGUCCACAGGUGCUGGAAGCCAGGGUCCUUCCGAGCAGUCCAGAAUGAAAGACAUCGUCCAGAGACGCAAACUGGUGGACCUGGCCAAGAACCAGGCACAAGAGGUGGCUGUGUUGCGAGCAGAAGUUGAGAGACUCCGAAUGAGAACAUUCCCUGCCCUUGUGCAAAUUGAAUAGACAGAAUUUUAAAAUAAUUGAAUUGUAAAAUUGUAAAAAUUUCAUAUCAGAUGAUAAAACAACAGUUCAGUUGAAUUCAUGUGUAAAUAGAGCAGUUUCA